AUGGGCAGUGGGAUUGAGCUCACCCUCGGCAAGUUUGCCGACGACACCAAGAUGUGUGGUCUGGCACCGAAGAAGGCAGCCAUCACCGAGGGACCGUCGCUACCAGGACAGCCUGGCCAAGGGAAGAAGAUAGGUCAUCGAGGCGUUGAUGCUUCUGGUGAAACCACCUACAAAAAGACCACCUCAUCCACUCUGAAGGGGGCCAUCCAGCUGGGGAUUGGAUAUACUGUCGGCAAUCUGAGCUCCAAGCCAGAGAGAGAUGUCCUGAUGCAGGACUUCUACGUGGUGGAAAGCAUUUUUUUCCCAAGCGAAGGCAGUAACCUCACCCCGGCCCACCAUUACGCUGACUUCAGGUUCAAGACCUAUGCACCAGUGGCUUUUCGGUACUUCCGAGAACUCUUUGGGAUUCGUCCAGAUGAUUAUUUGUAUUCGUUAUGUAACGAGCCUCUGAUAGAGCUAUCGAACCCUGGUGCCAGCGGCUCCCUCUUCUAUGUCACCAGCGACGAUGAAUUCAUCAUAAAAACUGUGAUGCACAAGGAAGCUGAAUUCCUACAGAAGCUCCUUCCUGGCUACUACAUGAAUCUGAACCAGAACCCACGGACGCUGCUGCCGAAGUUUUAUGGACUGUACUGUGUGCAAUCGGGGGGCAAAAACAUCCGUGUGGUCGUGAUGAACAACAUUCUGCCUCGCGUGGUGAAAAUGCACCUGAAAUUUGACCUGAAAGGCUCGACCUAUAAACGCCGGGCAUCCAAGAAGGAAAAAGAAAAGUCCAGCCCUACAUACAAGGAUCUCGACUUCAUACAAGACAUGCCCGAGGGCCUGAUGUUGGAUGCAGACACCUUCAGUGCAUUGGUGAAAACAUUGCAACGAGACUGUCUGGUGUUGGAAAGUUUUAAAAUCAUGGACUACAGCCUCCUGCUUGGGGUUCAUAACAUAGACCAGCAAGAACGGGAGCGACAGUCUGAGGGAGCCCACAGCACGUCGGAUGAGAAGCGUCCCGUGGGGCAGAAGGCACUUUACUCCACGGCCAUGGAGUCCAUCCAGGGUGGGGCUGCCCGGGGGGAGUCCAUAGACACAGACGACACGUUCAUCAAGAAGCUAGAACAUACCUGGAAGGCCCUUGUCCAUGAUGGGGACACAGUGUCAGUACACAGACCCAGCUUUUAUGCAGAGAGAUUCUUCAAAUUCAUGACCAACACGGUGUUUCGAAAGAAUUCCUCUCUGAAGUCAUCUCCCUCAAAGAAAGGGCGUAGUGCCUUGCUAGCUGUCAAGACAGCAGGUCCAACAGCUGCGUUUUCAGCUAGCCAGCUUCCCUCUGAAAAGGACGAAACACAGUAUGAUCUUCGUGCAGCCAGGAGUUACCCUACGCUUGAUGAUGAAGGGAAUUCCCUACGGGUUUCUGAGAUCCACCCCUCUGAGGAGGAGAGGAGCGAGAUCGCCAGCACCAAGCUGGACAGGAGUGCCGCCUGCUGGCUCCGGCUCGUGGCCAGGGACAGUGCGGGGCAGGACGGUACUGCCGAUAAACCCGGAGCUCGUCCCUUCCCCGAGACUGUGCCCUCGACUUGGUCACACGAGGAGGUGCGAGUUGAGGAGGAGCUUCAGCAGAUCAGCGUCGAGCUGGAGCCCAAGUGUGAUGUUGAGAUCGUAGCUCCCAAAGAAGAUGACAAAGAGUGA